AUGCCGAUCAUUCACAUCGUCCUGUUCGAAUUCAAGCCUACGGUGUCACAUGCGCAAGUCGAGGAUGCCUGCAAACGAAUGCUAGCACUUUCGGAGAAGUGCAUACACCCGACGACUAAUCAACGAUACGUUACAGGCCAUGGUGGUGGGCGAGACAACAGUCCCGAAGGACUUCAAGGCGGCUUCAGCCAUGGCUUCGUAAGCGAGUUUCAGAACGAAGAAGACCGGAAGUACUACCUCGAGAAGGAUCCGGCACACCUAGCGUUCGUGAAGAGUCUUGACGGCCUCGUGCAGAACGUUAGAGUCGUCGACUUUGAGCCCGGGAAGUUCUGA